CUGAAAGAGAAGCUAUGGCUCCAUGAGGGACCACGAAACCAGCAGGGCCAGUGGGAACUGGCGACCCAGAGGCCUCUGCCUGCGCCCUGCAGGACGCACAGGAAGUGCCCCAGGACCCCGAAUUCUCAGCACGGCUAGCGGCGGGUCUCGCACACGGGGCUUCCUGCGGAGCGCGGAACCACGCUGCCACUGCAACUGUUUCCCGUAUAUCUCAGCCGGCAGAGUUGGCUACGCCCUGGGGAAAGAGUCCCUGUCGUUGAGCGCAUCGGCGGAAUAAAGGCAAAAUCAGACUCAAGAGUGCACUUACAAAGGGGCCUAGGCAGCAAACUCGCCUUUACUUGCUGCCGAUGCGGCUGCCGAUCCACCCAGGCAGGCGGAUGGCGUGAGACCGAGCGCAGGUCCGGGGUCCGCGGCUCCGCCCCGCCGCGCAUACCAGCCCCGCGGCGGUGGCGAGCGCCAGGCCUUGCUGGGGGCUGCGGACGCAGAGCUUCUGCUUUCACUGCAGCGCCUAGCAGCGUGGGACGGGGUGCAGGGUGUGGGACCCGCGCCCCGCUUGGCACAGUGCGGCUGCAGUUGGGCCCCAGUCGGAUCCCGAAAGGGGCGCGCCGGCCUCGCCGCCUGCGUCCCGGGAACGCUCGACCCGGCCAGAGCCCUGGGCGGCGCCUCAUGGUGGACCCUUCCGCGGCUCUUCCUCAGACGCUUCCCGCUAAAGACAUCGUGGCGAUAAGACCGGUUCCCUGCCCAGCGUUCUAAACCCGGGACGCCUGGUCGGAAGGACAACACCACGAACUGCGACAGCUGACCGCGAACCGCCCACUGCGGGCCCCGGGCUCCCCUUCUGCGCAUGCGCAGCGGCCGGAGGUUGGGAGGGUACCAUAGAGUGCCGCCAGCAGGCAGAGGGGCAGAGGCCGGGCCGCUCCGUACCGCUUCCGGCUGCGCCUCGCUGCUCCGGGAGCGGCCGCGGCCGCGUACGCAGUUUCCAUGGGGACUGAGGAUGGCUCCGCGAGGUAAAAGGCUGUCCUCGACGGCCCUGGAAAUCCUGUUCUUUCUGAACGGCUGGUAUUAUGCUACCUACUUCCUGCUAGAACUCUUCAUAUUCCUGUAUAAAGGUCUCCUGUUGCCCUAUCCUGCGGCCAACCUGGUCCUGGACGUGGUGAUGCUCCUGCUGUAUCUUGGAAUUGAAGUAAUCCGACUGUUCUUUGGUACCAAGGGGAACCUCUGCCAGCGAAAGAUGCCACUUGGCAUCAGCGUGGCCCUGACCCUCCCGUCGGCCGUGAUGGCCUCAUAUUACCUGCUGCUGCAGACUUACGUGCUCCGUCUGGAGGCCAUCAUGAAUGGCAUUCUGCUUCUCUUCUGCGGUGCCGAGUUGCUGCUGGAGGUGCUUACCCUGGCCGCUUUCUCCAGUAUGGACAAGAUUUAAAGUGCAGAGGUUUCAGCCUGCAGCCCAUCAGGCCAACAUACCCCAGCACUUCAGCCUCGCUUUGAGAAGCAAUGUGCACGCUGGCCUGGGGAGGGCCACGCCACUCUUCGUCAGCAGUGUCCCAGCACCCAGCCCGACAAGGCCAGUGUCUUCCAGACCAGGACCAUCAGCCUGGAGAUACCUCCUCUCCUCUAGGGAGAGAGGCAGGCUGGCCACAUUCUGGUCUUUGUCAGUCCCUGGAGACCUCAAGUCCUCCUCUUUGAUCACCACAGUUGGACCAUCCUUUGUGGAUCAAGGCUCCUGUAGGUAUCAUGCCAUACCUGGGAGUCACGAGCAUACCCAGAGAGCAUCUGGGUGGUGCUGGGGGUGUGACAGGCUCCUGGCCAUUCCUCCAUGAGGCUGACCUGCAGGACCUUUGUAGUGGUGCAUAUGUUAUUUUUCUACUUUGAUCAUGAAGCAAACUUUUAUAAUAAAUACCUAUUUUCCA